CCGGCAGCGUCGCGCCGCCAUGGCGGCAGCCGUUGGUCGUGGGGGUCCGGCUGCCGGCCCCGCGGCGGGCGGCGCGCUCUGGGCCGAGGUGUGGGCGCUGCUGCCCGGCACCGAGGAGGAGCUCACCUUGGCGCUGAGCGGAGAGGUGGACGCCUGCGUGCGGCCGCUGCUGCGGCGGGCCCGCGGGCUGCUGUACGGCGCGGAGGGCCGGCCCGGGGAGGAGGCGGCGGCGGCGCUGAGGCGCCUGGGCGACAUCCUGCGGGACUACUCGUGGGAGAAGCUGAACACGGGCCCGUGGCGGGAGGUGAGCAAGGCCUGGCGGCAGGUCUACACCUACGGCUGCCUCUUCGGGGCGCUGGCCGAGGUCGCCGCGGGCCGCCCGCUCGCGCCCGCCGUCCGCCUCUGCGACAUGGGGCUGCUCAUGGGCGCCUCCGUCCUGGACAACGUCCUCGCGCGCCUCGUCCGCGUCCUGCAGCAGCACCUGCCCCGGGAGCAGCGGCGCGGCGCGGCCGGGCUGGCCGCUGAGGUACGGCCUGAGGGGCCCGGCCCCCCGCGCGCUCCCCCGCCCGCCUUCUCUGUCCCUGCUCUCCCCCCCGGGCCGGGCCGGGGCUCGGCGGGGCCGCGGCUGGCAGCUGCGGGACCCAACCCGGUGUUGCAGAGCGCCCGGACCGAGCCUCGCCCCGCCCCUGCCGUGCGGCCGGAGGACGAGGUCCCGCGGCUGCGGUGCCCUUCGCUGGAGCACUUCCGAGACAACUACCUCAUCCCGCAGAAGCCCGUGGUGCUGGAGGGGAUCAUGGACCACUGGCCGUGCAUGAGGAAGUGGAGUGUGGACUAUUUCUGUCAAGUCGCUGGGUGCCGCACAGUGCCUGUGGAAUUGGGCACCCGAUACACAGAUGAGGAAUGGUCUCAGAAGCUCAUGACUGUUGGUGACUUCAUCAGCCAGUAUAUUGUGAAUGAGAAGAGUGUGGGAUACCUUGCCCAGCACCAGCUCUUUGAUCAGAUCCCGGAACUGAAAGAAGAUAUCAGUAUCCCCGACUACUGCUGCCUGGGGGAAGGGGAGGAAGAGCACAUCACCAUCAACGCUUGGUUUGGUCCAGAAGGCACUAUCUCACCUCUUCAUCAGGAUCCCCAGCAAAAUUUUUUAGCCCAGGUAUUUGGAAGGAAGUAUAUCCGCCUGUAUUCACCACAAGAUUCAGAAAACCUGUACCCACAUGAAAGUCAUAUUCUUCACAACACCAGUCAGGUUGAUGUGGAAGACCCUGACUUAGUUAAGUUCCCCAAUUUCAGAAAGGCUGCGUUUCAAUCCUGUGUUCUGAUGCCUGGGCAGGUUCUGUUUAUUCCAGUUAAAUAUUGGCACUAUGUACGAUCGCUUGAUGUCAGCUUCUCAGUCAGCUUCUGGUGGUCAUAGCUCUGAAGCAUGCAGAAAGUCUGUUAGCAUUGCAACAGGAAUUAAGAAUUCGUCUUAAGUACAAGAAUGUUCUUCCCUACCCAGAAGGUAGAGGUGGAUUAAAAAACCCAACAAA